AUGCCUGCAGUCGAGCCCAUCUUCACCGAAAUCUCCGCCUCGACGUCGCCUACAGUCACGUCGCCGUCCUCGCCAACGCCCACGGUCACGUCUCCAAGCGACCAGAAUCUCACUUCUCUGGCGGGUUUCGACAAAAGCAGUGAGAAUGAGAAGAAGCGUGCAAGUGAUACUACUGCGGUAGUUGAGAUCCGUCCAGACGAUGAUCUGGAGGCUCAGCGUGAGAGCGUGAGCCAGAGUCAAGACGAGCUGAGCCUUUCAAUUCCGGCGCCUGAUACGAGCAGAGAUGCGUGGCUGUUCCUGGCGGCGUGUUUUAUGAUGGAGGCCAUGGUAUGGGGCUUCCCAUUUGCUUUUGGCAUCUUUCAAGACUACUACCGCACUCAUGAACCGUUUGAGGGCUCUUCCAAUACGGCCAUUAUAGGAACCUGUGCCACGGGCAUCAUGUAUCUCGACGCCCCCCUGGUCAUCGCCCUCGCCCGCCUCUAUCCCAAGCAGGGCCGCUUCAAUCCCACCGUCGGCCUGCUCAUGAUGUGCGCUGCCCUCGCGCUCUCCUCCUUUGCCACAAAUACGACGCACCUCAUCCUCACGCAGGGCGCGCUGUACGGCAUCGGCGGCUCCAUCGCGUACAAUCCAUGUCUGAUAUACGUCGACGAGUGGUUCGACCGCCGCAAAGGCCUGGCUUACGGCUUGAUGUGGUCCGGCACCGGCCUUGGGGGCUUCACGAUUCCGCUGGUGCUCGAGGCUCUGCUCAACCGCUAUGGCUUCCGGGCUACGCUGCGGAUAUGGGCUGUGGCUCUCUUCGUCUUGACAAUGCCGCUGGUAUACUUUGUGAAGCCGCGUCUGCCGCCGUCCAUGACUGCGCACAUCAAGCCCCUAGAUUGGAGCUUCAUGAGGACUCGCGUCUUUGCGAUAUACCAGCUGGGCAACGUCAUCGAGGGCAUAGGUUUCUUCCUGCCGGGCAUUUUCCUACCAACAUAUGCGCAGGAUGUUCUCGGCGCGGGCUCUUUUGCCUCUGCAGCUACGCUGCUGGUGCUCAAUAUCGGAUCAGUGGUUGGGCCUGUCACGAUGGGGACGUUGGUCGAUAGGCUGCAUGUUACAACCUGCAUUCUAAUAUCAACCGUAGGAGCUGUUUUCGGUGUCCUUCUUCUAUGGGGCUUGGGGUCAAAUAUUGGCAUUCUAUACGUCUUUAGUAUUGUUUACGGCCUCUUUGCCGGCUCAUUCACAACUUCAUGGCCAGGCAUAAUGAGGCACGUCGUCAAGGUGGCCACCGAAAGAGACAAGGCAGCCUCCGCUGGAGACAUCGACGGCGUCAGCGUGAGUAAGUACGAUCCGCUCAUGGUAAUUGGGUUCCUCUCAAUUGGAAGAGGCGUGGGAAACAUUGUGUCGGGCCCGCUGAGCGAGGCUCUGAUUAAAGGUAUGCCGUGGCAGGGCCAGGUUACCGGGGGCUAUGGAAGCGGUUAUGGCGUUUUGAUUGUGUUUACGGGAGCUACGGCGUUGGUGGGAUGUGUGAGCUUUGUUGCGAAAAAGUUGGGAUGGAUGAAUUAG